AUGUCUACAUUAUCUGGUAAGAAUAACCAACAAGAAAUUUAUGAAGACUUGCCUUCUUCUUAUAAUGAAUUACAAGCAUCAGCAGUUGUUCCAGUAAUCGAACAAAUUGAAACGAUUACUGAAGAAAUUAUUGCUUCUUCUGAAG